GCACAUAACAUCAAUUCUGUCCUGCUUUUCUCUUUCAUUCUCACUCCCUCAUCACUCCUCCUUCCCCUCUCUCUCCUGCUCUAUCUCUCUCUUUCUCUCUCCCUCUCUCUCCCUCCCUCCCGCCGCUGCUGCUCCAGGUCCCUCGCCGGUCCCUCUCUUCCGUAUUAGUUUCCAAAAGGCAUCUGUAAUGCUGCCGGGGAGCGCGCUCUGAGGCAGCAGGAAAGCGAGGCGAGCGGAUUGCUAUCUUUGUGACAGCUUCUCUGCGUGGCAGGCUGCGUGUGAACCGGGGAACUGGACUGGACUGUGGUGUUUCGUGGUGGAGGUAGGAGGGGAGGUGGAGGAGGAGGGAGAGCUGGACAGAUGGAGGACGGCACCCAACAACUGGGACACUGCAUGGUGGACAUGAGGGAGCUGAGUGCCAACCCUGAAGGACUGACCGCUGCCGGUAUUAUGCUAACGCCCCAGCUGUCUCAGAUGGAGCUCAGCCUUGCCUGCACGGAUCUGCUGCCCCCCGGCAGAGACAGGAAGCCCAAUGCUUUGGUCCAGGUGUCUGUCAUAGAUCCCCACAAGCAGCUCCUCGUCUCUCAUGCCUGCACAGAGAUAGUGGAGGCGAACAAAGACCCCCUGUUUCUGACAGGAGUGACCUUCCCGUCAGAGUAUCCUGCCAGCCCGGAGACACUAGUCAAGCUAACUGUGUAUGAUGCAAAGGACAAGAGCCAGGAAUCAAUUUUCGGCUCUGGUCGGCUGGACACUGUGUGCCUGUCUGGGUCUCAUUAG